GGGGUCGACCAGCCGCACGGGCGGGGGCGGCGGCAGCAGGGCGCGCGCUGGCGCCGGGACGCCCGGGGCUAGAGCCACACGUGCGCCCCGAGCGCGAGCGCCGGGGCCGCGGGGGCCUCGCCAGCUCCAGCCCCCGCCCUCAUACCGGCGACGCGCGGAAAAUUACAGAGGUGUGUUCCAGAGUUGACUGUUCAUGGCACAAACAAAUGGAGGGUGUUCACUGGCACUUAUUUUUAUCAUUGUGUUGUUGUUGGCUAAAGCAAAUAUAGAUGUAUGCAAGAGAGGAGAUGUGACCGUGAAGCCUUCCCGUGUAAUUUCACUUGGAUCAGCUGUCAAUAUUUCAUGCUCUUUGAAGCCUGAACAAGGCUGCUCACAGUACCCCAGUGUUAACAGGUUAAUCCUCUACAAGUUUGACAGACAAAUCCAUUUUCUACAUGGUUACUCCCUCAGUUCUCAAGUCACUGGUCUUCCUCUGGGUACAACCCUGUUUCUCUGCAAAUUGGCAUGUAGCAAAAACAAGGAGUUUCGAAUAUGUGGGGCAGAGAUCUCAGUUGGUGUUGUUCCGGAACAGCCUCAAAACUUAUCUUGUAUACAGAAGGGAGAACAUGGGACUGUAACCUGCAUCUGGGACAGAGGACGAGACACCCACCUAUAUACUGCAUAUACUUUACAGCUAACUGGACCAAAAAAUUUCACUUGGCAGAGGCAAUGUAAUGAUCAUUAUUGUGACCAUUUGGACCUUGGAAUUAACCUAACCCCUGAAUUGCCUGAAUCCAGUUACACAGCCAAGGUUACUGCUACAAAUAGUCUUGGAAAUGCUUCUUCAAUUCCAUCCACAUUUACAUUCUUGGACAUAGUGAGGCCUCUUCCUCCAUGGGACAUCAGAAUCAAAUGUGUAAAUGCUUCUGUGAGCAGAUGUAUCCUUCAGUGGAGAGAUGAGGUGCUGGUGUUGCUUAAUCGACUCAGAUAUCGGCCCAACAGCAGCAGGUCCUGGACUAUGGUCAAUGCUACAAAUGCCAAAGGAAGACAGGAUCUGCUGGAUCUGAAACCAUUUACAGAGUAUGAAUUUCAGAUUUCUUCUAAGUUACAUCUAUAUAAAGGUAGUUGGAGUGAUUGGAGUGAACCAUUCAGGACACAAACACCAGAAGAAGAGCCUACUGGGACAUUAGAUGUCUGGUACAUGAAACAACCCAUUGACUACAAUAGACAACAGAUUUCUCUUUUCUGGAAGAAUAUGAGUGUAUCUGAGGCAAGAGGGAAAAUCCUCCACUAUCUAGUGACCUUGCAGGAGGUGGCAGGGGGGAAAGUCACAAUGCAGAACAUCACAGAACACACCUCCUGGACCUGGAUCAUUCCCAGAACUGGAAACUGGGCUGCAACUGUGUCUGCAGCCAACUCAAAAGGCAGUUCCCUGCCUACUCGUAUUAACAUAACGGACCUGUGUGAGGCAGAGUUGUUGGCUCCUCGUCAGGUCUCUGCAAACUCAGAGGGCGUGGACAACAUGAUGGUGACCUGGGAGCCCCCUGGGAAAGCCGCCCCUGCUGUCCAGGAGUAUGUGGUGGAAUGGAGGGAGCCCCAUUCCGGGAGUGACACGCAGCCCCCUCUAAACUGGCUGCGGAGCCCCCCCUACAAUGUGUCCGCUUUGAUUCCAGGGAACAUAAAACCCUACAGCUGUUAUGAAAUCUGUGUGUGUGCACUGUCGGGGGACCAGAGAGGAUGCAGCUCCAUCCGGAGUAACUCUAAGCACAAAGCACCACUGAGUGGCCCCCACAUUAAUGCCAUCUCAGAGGAAAAGGGGAACAUUGUGAUUUCAUGGAACGAAAUUCCAGCCCAGGAGCAAAUGGGUUGCAUCCUCCAUUACAGGAUAUAUUGGAAGGAACAGGACUCUAAUUCCCAGCCUCAACUUUGUGAAAUUCCCUAUAGGGUAUCCCCAAAUUCACAUUCAAUAGACAGCCUGCAGUCCGGAGUAAGAUAUGUCCUGUGGAUAACAGCUCUGACAGCUGCUGGUGAAAGCCCCCCAGGAAACAAGAGGGAAUUUCAUCUGCAAGGUAAAGCCAAUUGGAGUGUGUUUGUGGCACCAAGCAUUUGCGUUGCUGUCGUCAUAGUGGGCAUUUUCUCAACGCGUUACUUCCGGCAAAAGGUAUUUGUUCUCCUUUCAGCCCUCAGACCUCAAUGGUGUAGUAAAGAAAUUCCAGACCCAGCCAAUAGUACUUGGGCCAAGAAAUACCCCACUGUGGAGGAGAAGAUGCAGCUACCCUUGGACAGGCUCCUGACAGACUGGCCCACUCCUGAAGAACCUGAGCCUCUGGUCAUCAGUGAAGUCCUGCAUCAAGUGACCCCAGUCUGCAGACAUCCUCAUCACCCCAACUGGCCAGAAAAGGGACAAGAAAUCCAAGGUCACUAUACCUCUGAGGAAGACACAGGAUAUAGUGCCUCAAGCCUACCACCUCCCAAAGCUCUCAUAGCAGAGACAGGACUAGUGGAUCUGUACAAGAUGUUGGGGAGCAGGAGCCCUGACUCAAAGCCAGGACACCUAGCUGGCCCUGUGACAGUACUCCCAGUGGACUACCUUCCCACCCAUGAGGGAUACUUACCCUCCAACAUAGAGUAUCUUCCUUCACAUGAAGCUCCUAUAACUGAUCCUCUGGAAGAACUAAAGCCUCAGCAUAUCUCUCUUUCCAUUUUCCCCUCAAGUUCUCUUCACCCACUCACCUUCUCCUGUGAUAAGAAGCUGACUCUGGAUCGGUUAAAGAUGGGGUGCAGCUCCCUCAUGCUGUGAGUGGUGAAGCUUGGAAAGUCCAUGUGCUCCCAGCCCCCAAUGUGUCUCUCAUCCCCAGCCCACACUGCUCCAGUGGUCAUCACCUCUGGGGUGCUGCUAUCAGGUCUGUUUCCAAAUAGAGGGCAAACAAAAAGCCCAGGGUUUGUCUUGGGAACUGAGAAUUGGCUGUAACCCAGAUGCCUGUCUUGCCUUCUCCAGAGCCUUAGGACUACAGUUAACCCUUGAACAAUGUGAGGGUUAGGGGCACAGGCUUAAAUCUGCAUAACUUGUGACUCCUCAGAAAGUUAACCAUUGUUCGCUUUUUGACCACUCUUACUGGUAACAUAAACACUUAUCUUGUAGAUGUAUUUUAUAUACUGUAUUCUUGAAGCUAGAGAAAAAAAAUGUUAAGAAAAUCGUAAGGAAAAAGAUUUAUAGUACCGUAUUUAUUGAAGAAAAUCCACCUAAGUAGACCCACACAGUUCAAACUUGUGUUAUCCAAGAUUCAAUGGUACACCGUGUGUACCGAGAGACUCCAAUCUGGGUUCCCACAACUUUCUUUGCCAGGUUGGCCAGUAAAGGGAAAUGAUAGAAUGGAAACCAAGGCUCUUACUAGCAAGGGCUAAGAAUCCAAGCUUUAUAAAGCUGCUACUCCAUACCAAGUCAUACACCUAGAUCAGAAGCAUCCAAUAGGCCUAAGGCAGAAAUGUUCUCUACAUUUCUUUACUGUUCGCUGCAGUUGAUAUGAACCACAUUGGCUAUUGACCACUUUGGAAUGUCUAGUAUGACUGAGAAGUGAAUUUUGAUUGUAAUUAGUCACAUAUAGGAGGGCACAGGUCUAAAUUACGGAUCCACCAGUAAGAAUUACAAUGAGUCUUCAAAACAGAUCAACCCAGUUUUACAGAGGAGGAUGUAAAAGAUCAUGGUGAACAUCAGUAUUACAAGGGCUCCCAAAUGGUCAUGACUGUUCUUAUUUGUGAAAGCCUGUACAAAUACACCUUUUUGCUAGUUUUCCUAUUGUUUUAUUUUGUCUUCACUCUCUUUCAGUGAAUCAAGAACAACUUACUGGUGUAAAGUUCCUGUAAACCCGCAAUAUGACCUUGGGCAAACAGCUUCCCCUCUCUGAAAUCCAAUGUUUUGGAAAGGAGUGGGCCAAAGGCUUUCUGUCACCUUGUUUCCUCUUCUUUCUGCUGUAGCAGCUGUUGCCUUCAGGAUCAGGGCUAUCUCAGGGUCUAAUGGUUGCACUCACUUAUGUCAACCCUUUCUCCCCAAGGCAUCCUGCUUUUCCUUCCUCAGGAAGACAGAACUGAUGCUGAACUGAGCCUAGGAGGUAAUUCUUUUUCCCAGCAUGAACUUGAAACAUGAUACAUGUUGUAUUCACUUAAAGCUGUGGCCACUGGCUUGUCACCUUCCCCACCCCAUCACUGCUUCUAUCCCUUCACUGUGAGCCCUUCUGCUAAGCUGGUAAGGGAAGUCUUUUCAAAAUGCUAAUAGUACCCUUUCCAAAGUAACAGGAUGAAAAGUCCAAGAAACCUUCUUAAAUCCCUGUGAAGCCCAGGGCCUACACCCCAGCCUGAUCCCAAACCAAACACUGGCACUGAGACCGCUUUGGUUUACCAAAUGUCCCUCAGAGCUCUAGGAACUCAAGUGAUGAACAUUUGCUCUGCUUGUUCAUGUUCAAUUCUUUAUGCUUCCUGCCAUUCCAGAUUUAAUACAGUUCUUUCAGGCUUUCUUUGAAAAGCUUAGCAAGUUCCUUCCUUACAUCCCUAUUCUACUCUAUUUAGGUGCUGCUCAGCACCGCCACACAUGGUUUCUUGAAUCUCAGCAGCUUCAGUGUUUGUCUAUACCCAGGAUGCGGUGCCCUUUGUUUGACUGUUUACGGUGGGUCGUAACAGACAAGGCCACCUCCUCAGAAGCAGGCUAACCUGUCACCUCUUGACAAUGGGAGCCAACUUCUCUUGUUGCAAUACCUGCUUUACCUAGCUCUGAUUUUUCUUUUGCUGGCCUGAUACCCAUCUUAGUCAUUCUUCCCCUCCCCACUCGGACCCAACACCCAACUCCCAGUCUCCCUAUUACCCCUCUAGACCCUUUCCCUUUCCCAAGUGAUACUACAGUUAUUUGUGUUCCUAGAAAGUAAAAAUAAAGAAUUUACUGGACUGUAAAUAACUUGAAGGCAGGAACGAUCUGCUUCCCUCACACCAUACCUGGUUCACAGUAGGCUAUCAGUAAAAUUAAGGAGCCAUCACCUACCACUGUUUUCACCUUGUUCCUUCUGUUCCAGAAGCCAAUCUAGCUGUGCCUGCUUCCUUUUGUUGGGACACUUAAGUUUGUAUUUGUUCUUCAUUCCCAACAUUCUACUCUACUGUUCACUGACAGCAUUGCUAUAUAAUACAUGUAGCAGUGGUUCUUAUUUUAAAGACCUAUUUGAGCAUGCCUUUGGCUGCUCACUCUGCCAGAUAAAAUAUCCUCUUUCCAUGAAUGACAGAGGAUGGGUAACCCUGUUCUGCCCUUGCCAAGUAGUUUUUGAUUACAAUCCCCUCAUCCUGCAGAUGCAGUCAAAAUACCAAAUUGGGCUGCCUCCUUUAACCAGGACUAGGUGGGACUCAUGAAUAUUCAUACAUAUUCAUACACCCAACUUUCAUUACACAGGAAAAUUAGCUAUGAUUUUAAUCCUCACGCCUUCCAUACAUCCCAAAGCCAACACGGAAAUCUCUGCUCUACUGAAACACAUCAAACUCCUUAAUUCUGAGACCUAAAUACUACAAAUAGAGUCCAAGUUUACUCUUAAUGGAUUCAUGGGAAUCUCCACCACUAAUUCUUGUGCAGAGAUUAUCUUACAUUGCCCCUUGAAAGGGCCCUCUUUCCCAGAAGCUAGAGAUUCUACUUCCUGGGUCUCUGUCUUCCUUUUAGGCAAUAAGAAAGUCAAACUAGUGUUAUCUAGUUCUUUCCCUUUACUGACUUUUCCCUUCUGUCCUAAUUUCUCAGCUUCCAUUAAUAGCCCACAGCUGCAACUCACCAAUGCCCUGAGGCCAGUGAAAAACAUGCCAGCUAGGCACAUUCUAUUCUUGUCAAUCCCCUAUGUUCGAUUCUUGGUUUUUCUCCAUUAGGCUUUUUCCUUCAUGAUACAGUUGUGAUCUGUUCCAAUAUCUCAGCUCAAGUCCUCCAAAGGAGCCCAGUUUUUCUCUUCCUAACCUGCAGGACUCCUGGACAUUCAUAGUAUCCACCCUAUGAAAGGCUGAUAGGUGAACUCUCAAGUAAAUCACUUGUCUAGAAUUAAGAGAUCAGAAAGGUUUCUUCCUUUCCACUAAUAAAAGAUAAGCAAUUCAAUCAAUUGCCUGUCAGUGGAAAGAAGUCAGAUCUUUACAUCGCAGCCUAUACUAAAGCUCCAAUAAACUAAAACUCUGCAAAACACCACACCAAGUUAGAUAAAAAUAGUUAUAUAUGCCCCCAAAUAACUAACUAAAUUAGGUGCUCUUACAGAUCAAUAUGAAAAAAGCCAACACUUUAAAGUAAAAUGGACUGAGUAGAGCCAACUCACAACACAUGUAACUGCCUGGUAAGCAUAAAACAAUCGCCUAUAAUCAAAGGAAUGAAAGAUAAUGCCAUUUUUCACGUAUCAAAUUAGAAUAAACUGGUGCGCACAACCAGGAAUGUUAGUUGGCUUUCUGGAAGCAGUUGGACAAUAUUCAAUAAAAUUUGAGUAAACCAACUCCACACCUAGCAAUGCAGACUAAAGAACAGUAUAAACAUCAAAUAGGAUAAAGGACUGAUCACACCAUACAUUAAAAUGGAGAGGGGGGCCUAAAUGCCCUUCAGUAGGUACCUGGUUAAACCAUAAUCUAUAUAACAGUUUUAUGGAAUCUAAGAUUCCACUAGUUUUAGGACACACCAUUACUUUAUGCUCUGAGUAGGAAAAAGUGCUAAACUCUAAUAUGCCAUCAAUUUCCAUGAUGGAUGUUCCCUCUGCCCCCACCAUUUUAACAUGCCUGAAAUUGGAAUGGAUCUUUGAACUGAUGAAAAGCAUACUAUACGUGCAUUUUACAAGUAUAAUAUUGGACAUGGAAAUGGUCAGUUUCAAAAGGCUGAAUUCAAUCAUCUCACUUUUAUAAAUCAAUGCAAAACAAACAAACAAACCCUGGAAGAAUAUACACCAAGAUGCUGUAGUGGCUAUCUCUAACCAUAGGUUUUUAAAUUACAUUCUUUUCUCCAAAAACUCAUUACUCUUGUAAUAGGAUAAAGUCAAUAAAAUAUGAAGUUAUUACCAAUUUCCUUCCGAAGACUUGAAACAGUGGAUCUAGAGACAGACCCUAUUGAGCACUUUAAGCCCAUGCUGCUUUCAUCCUCCACCGUGUUUGGCACUUUCACUGACCAUUAGUACUCCUGUCAGAGGGCACAGCAGAAAAGUAAAAAAGGCAAAGUAGAUGACAUGCUUGGUAAGGGUGGGGUUAGAAAUUUUAGGGUAAUAACUUAAAGCAGUGGAUCUUGGAAAUACAAAGUUUUUAUCAUAAGCCAAUUUUUCCCAAAUCCCCAUUCUAAUAGGAAUAAUGACCAGUAUCAUCAAACAGUCCUUCAUACAUGCAGUUUUGAAGGGUGUAAUUAAUGCAGUGCUCACCCUGACUGGUUAAGGUAUAAUACCCACUACUCAGGUGGGGAAACAUACACAUUAAGUAACUUCUAAGUCAUAUAACUAGUACCUGAUACUGGAGAGUCUUGUUUCAGAGAAUAACCUUUAUAAUUCUUUCCUAUGCAAAAGACUGCUCUACAAAUUUAUGUCAACUGGGGUUUUGACUAUAGUUGACUAUACUAUAAUUCCAUAAAAAUCUUUGAUGCUAUUUUUACUAGGUAACAAAAAACUGGCAUUUCCAUACUUUUAAAGUUCUACAUCGUUAUUUUUCUUGAGAAAUCUACAUAAAACCUUGGUAAAUCUUAAAUGACCAGAAAAUAUCUGGCACUCCUGAACUUGCUAAUUUAUCUCUCCAGCUAAUCUAAGUCCUAUAAGACACAGGCAGGCCACAGAAAGGAAGUGACUAACACUCCCAGUCAACUCCAUUAUUUAAAGGAAAUUGGUAAAUGGAGUAUUUAAAGCUACAUAUAAAAACAUUAUGCCUUUUCAAUAGAAAAAUAACCAGAGCAAUAUUGUCUUUAAUUAAAAUAGCAAUUACUCUACUUAACUUACCUAUUGAUUUUUUCCAAGUAAAAGGCUCUCUUAGGGCUGCAUCUGACUUAAUAUUUUUGCUUAUGUGAAUUGUUGAAACAUUAAUGUCCUUCCUCCAUUCUGUAGUAACUGACUCAUUUUGCGAGGGGUCAUUUAUUUCAGCAGCAAAACCAUUCUUAAGUUGGUUCUGCUGAGAUUUCAAUCAUAUCUCUGAGACACACAAACAUAUUUAUGUGCUGUCAUAGUUUACCUUUAAGUCAAUUCAUGCCUUUUUAAUUUCCACAAGUUUAAAGAAUUCUUCCUUACGAGAUCCUGGCCUUGUGUGGGUAAAAGAAUGUUAUGUAUCUUGUCAAUUUUAGAUAUCUUACUACCUACCUAGAGGUUACUAGGACCCCAAGGGAAUACUACAGUAACUAUUAGGGAGUUUCUCAGAGAAGAAACUGUUCUCAAAGCCCUGAAUUGUCACUGAAAAGGCCCUAACACCCCACAGCAGGAUACUUUCACUAGUUCAAAAAACUGAAAAUAUUCCUUAUAAACCGGGUGAAAACCAGUAACAUAAGACAUUUGUUCUUUAUGAAAGAAAAUCUCAAUUCAGCUGCUAAAAUGGCAAUUAUAUACAUCUUCCAACAUUAGCGGACGAUAUGCCUAUGUUAAGCUGAGGGCACAUUUCUUGUGCCAUCUAAAACCAAGGAGCCUGGAGACACACAUCCCUACCUCUCCCCAACCAAAAAACCUCUCUCAAGGUGAAAAUAGAGGGUCAUAAGAUUUCAUUUAGAAACAGAAAUCUUACUUUAUUCCACCACAUAGAGAGUAAAAGAUCAUUUGUCCCUCUGUAGAAAAUACUUUUCCUAAGUUUCUUCUCCUCAUACUUGUAUUACAACUUUGACUAGAUUCCUUUGCAUUCCUAUACAUUCCCUUUAGUUUACCCCUCCUGGUCUAUGGCAGGGUAGAUUUUUCAGAGCAGCUGCAAAGACAAUUUUUAGAAAACACCCACUUUGACCUGCUUGCAAUAGACUAAAAUAACUUGCAAGGAUAAUUAAGUCAGUAAGCCAUUUCUCCAGCUAUAGAUGCAAUCUUAAAUCAAUUCAAAUUUUUCCUCAAAAAAUCUGUAGCUAUUUUAAAAAUCUAAUAACUCUAAGGAGCAAGACUGAUGAUCCUGAAAAUAAGAGGAACAUCCAUACCCUCCUGUAACUGGAGGAUGCUUGUUAAAUUUCAAUUCUUUAAUCAACAAUAUAUUGGCAAUUUUCUCUUAAUAAAUUUUGUUCGUUUUCUCCUGAAGAGGAAAUCUUCUCAGAUGAUUUCACUUAGCAUUAUUCAGCAUCCAAAGCCCCUUUCUUCUUCUGUCAACAUGACUUCCAGAGCUCUACCAAGACUCAAGAAGUGUGUUGGGGUUUGGGGGCGUCAGUCUAAUUAUUAAAAACAUCGAUUUACCAGAUUUUUGUUAACACAGUGACUAAAUGCCACUCAAUCUUCAAGGGAUACAUUAACAAAAUAUACCUGCUAUGGAUGCUGACUUCCUUCCCGGUGACCAGUAAAACUUACAUCUUAAUAGUAGCUUUAUCCAAUCCAGUCUUCUCAUGCAUCCUUCAGAAGCUCUUUAGACUUUAACACUUAAAUGAAACCUUGGUAACUAUGUACAUGAAUCAAGUUGAAACAAAAUUAUCUGUAGUUUUUGGAAAAGUUCUUCCUCUACUGGAAAAAAAAAAAGUGUGGAAGCUUCACUGGAAAUUCAGAAUUUCCAGGGAAAAGACAAACCAUCUAUCUAU